AUGGUACCGAGCGUCGCAGACUUUUACGCGUCAAAGGCAGUCUUCAUCACAGGUGGAACUGGUUUCCUGGGAAAGAUUCUCGUUGAGAAGCUGCUGCGAUCCUGUCCAGAUAUCCGGGUGGUGUAUCUCUUGGUCAGGCCGAAGAAGGGACAAGAUGCCGCUGCGAGGCUGCAGUACCUUUUCAGUAGCGAGGUAUUUGACAUCAUACGCGAGAAGAACCCGCAAGCGUUCAACAAAGUAAGAAUAGUGAAUGGAGAUAUCCAGCUAGAUGACUUGGGAAUGUCGGAAGAAGACAGAGAAGAAGUGCAGAGGGAGUGUCAGAUAGUGUUCCAUACUGCGGCUACUGUUAGGUUUGAUGUUUUCAUUCGUGAUGCAUUUAACAUGAAUGUCCUCGGAACGAAGAGGGUCUUGGAUUUAGCCGAAGGAAUGAAGAAUCUUGAGGUAUUUCUCCAUACGUCGACAUCAUACUGCCGGUCAGACAUUGAUGUAUUGGAGGAAAAAGUGUAUCCGGCCAGACAUAGGCCGCAUCACAUCCACGACUGUAUGCAGUGGAUGGGCGAAGAUCUUUUGAAGCAUUUGGAGCCCAAAUUGAUAGAGCCGGAGCCAAAUACGUACGGCUACACAAAAUGUCUAUCCGAGGAGCUGGUGAUGCAGUACAACGGCAGGUUUCCUAUCGUCCUUGCCAGACCCUCUAUUGUGACAGCUGUACUAAAGGAGCCGAUUCCUGGUUGGAUCGACAACGUUAAUGGUCCCACUGGAAUCAUGAUUCUAUCGGGAAAAGGUGUGCAGCGGACGAUGCACGUAAAUGUCCUGAACAACGCGGAUUUGGUACCUGUCGACAUCACAAUUAACGCCUGCAUUCUUCUCGCAUACACCACUGCUUUGACUAAGCCAAAGGACAUUGUUGUGUGUAAUCUGACAAGAUCGAAAUGCAACUCUAUCACUUGGGGGAAAUGCUUGGAGUACGGUCGUCAACUAAUACAGGAGUAUCCGUUCUCGGUGAUGCUGUGGUACCCAGACGGUGAGCCAACUAGCAGUAAGCUGUUGUAUCAUCUGCAAACGUUCUACAGUCAUUUCCUACCUGCCGUAAUUGUGGAUUUAAUUAUAUGGCUGUUGGGAAAGAAACCUUUCCUCAUAAAACUGCAACAGAAACUAACGCUCGGCCUAAAAGUGCUGGACCAUUACGCAAAUCGGCAGUGGUGCUUCAAAAACCAUCGCUUCCUGACCUUGAAGGACGAGGUGUCGGCGCGGGAUAAUGAUAUUUUCUUCACCGAUAUAAGUCAAAUGAAUUGGCGAGACUAUCUCAAGGAUUAUAUGCUUGGUGCCCGAAGAUUUUGCUGCCACGAGGAUCCGGACACACUUCCUUUAGCCAGGCGAAGGUUUCGCUGGUUUAAAAUUGCCCACUACGUACAAAAGAUGCUGGUUUAUAUAUUAUUGGCUUAUUUAUGUCUAUAUUCAGAAAUAAUGUACCAUAAAAUGAUCAGGCAGAUUUGCGAGAAAUAUAAUAAAAAGUACACUAAAGAUUUACAAGUAAAGUUAUAUGGGGAAACUGACAGACAGAUCUGCCUCACUGUGGUGAAGGAGCUGAAACUGUCGAUAUCUGCUGACGAAUUUGAACGGCAGCUGAACGAAUUAGCUCAAAGGAUGCUACCGGGUGCGCCACUUUUGAAAGGUGCUGAAAGACUUCUAACGCAUCUCUACGAUCACAAAAUCCCCAUGGCCCUCGCAACCAACGCAACAGAACAAGCUGUCCGGCUGCAAGCCACAGCUAGACCUAAACUGUUCGGCCUCUUUCACCACAAGGUAAGCGUAACAGACCCUGAAGUGUACCGAGGUAAGCCCCACCCGGACAUAUAUUUGGUCGCUGCAGCACGAUUCCCGGACAAGCCCAAACCGAAACAGUGUCUCGUGUUUGAGGAUUCCGCCAUCGGAGUAGAAGCGGCGAAGGAAGCUGGAAUGCAGGUCGUGAUGAUACCAGAUUCUCGUCUUGACCGCGAGCAGACCCGUCGUGCUACUCUAGUCCUGAAGACCCUGAUGGACUUUAAGCCAGAAAAGUUUGGUUUACCACCCUUCGAGAGCGGCCGACGAAUUAGUCGCGUCGAGAAUAACGACAAGAAACUAUAA